ACAAUUCGGGGCAGCUUGAAAAAUAGCCAGGAAGUCUGGCCAAGGCUGCGAGAGGGAAACGUAUGGCACUGCAGAGAGCAGGGAAGUCCAACUUGCCUGAAAUAUGAAUUUGCCUAGCUGCAUAAAUGAGACUUUUUUUAAAUUUUAUUUUAUUUUUAUUUUUUUUGCUGCUGUUGGGCCUCGUUAGGGGCAUAAUUAGUUCGGUAUGUUCCUGCCUGUGGACGGGGAGCUUUCAAUAACGCCGAAUUAAUAGCUUUUUAUUUUAUUUUUAUUUUUUUGGAUGGUGUGAAACUCCAACUCUGAAAUUACCUGCAAGCCCCAACUGCUGCCUCAAGUUUUGGAAGUGAAGAAUUACUUAAGGAAUUUUUGUGGUUUCUUUGUCGUUUAAUAAAAGCAGACGUUGCUACUGUGGAGGCAAGCCUCCCGUUGUUGCCUACAAAGGGCACUGCUCCAGUGUGUUUUCCCUUCAGUGUGUGCUUCAGCUGCACAGCACUUCCUGUUUAUUCAAACAUCUUUUUACCAUUCUUCAACCCCCGCUUCACAGAAACAGCCAGAGCACAUCUCCAGCGAGAAGACGGAAAUCUAAAGGCAGACAGUAAGAGCUCACUCGGUUCAACUCUUCGCUUUCUCUGUAAGCGUGCAGAGGAAAGGCACAUGCAGCUGGGAUUGAACUUUUAACUUGCUCUCUUCCUCCGCGGAGGCUCUUCAGGUGGCACGACAGCUUUUACUACAGCAGCAGCAGCAGCAGCAGCAGCAGCAGCAGCAGCAAGUUAGUGGAUUAAAGUCUCCCAAGAGGAAUGACAAACAACCAGCCCUUCAGGUUCCAGUGUCAGUGGCUAUGAUGACACCUCAAGUGAUCACUCCCCAACAAAUGCAGCAGAUCCUCCAGCAACAAGUGCUAACUCCCCAGCAACUCCAGGUCCUGCUCCAGCAGCAGCAGGCACUCAUGCUUCAACAGCAGCAGCUUCAAGAGUUUUAUAAGAAACAACAGGAACAGUUGCAGCUUCAACUUUUACAACAACAACAUGCUGGAAAACAGCCGAAAGAGCCCCAGCAGCAGCAGGUGGCUACACAGCAGCUGGCCUUUCAGCAGCAGCUCUUACAGAUGCAGCAACUGCAACAGCAGCACCUCCUGUCUUUGCAGCGCCAAGGUUUGCUGACAAUUCAGCCCGGCCAGCCUACCCUGCCUUUGCAGCCUCUCGCACAAGGCAUGAUUCCAACAGAACUGCAGCAGCUCUGGAAAGAAGUGACAAGCUCUCAUACGGCAGAGGAAACAGCAAGCAACAACCACAGCAGUCUGGACCUCUCCACCACGUGCGUCUCCUCAUCGGCACCCUCUAAGACCUCCUUAAUAAUAAACCCACAUGCCUCAACUAAUGGACAGCUAUCAGUCCACACUCCUAAGAGGGAGAGUUUGUCCCACGAGGAGCACUCACAUAGCCACCCGCUCUAUGGACACGGUGUAUGCAAAUGGCCGGGCUGUGAAGCAGUAUGUGAAGACUUCCAGUCAUUUCUAAAACAUCUCAACAGCGAGCAUGCGCUGGAUGAUAGAAGUACAGCCCAAUGUAGAGUACAAAUGCAGGUUGUACAGCAGUUAGAGCUACAGCUUGCAAAAGACAAAGAGCGCCUGCAAGCGAUGAUGACACACCUACAUGUGAAGUCAACUGAACCAAAAGCCACCCCUCAGCCCCUGAAUCUGGUGUCAAGCGUCACGCUUUCAAAGACUGCAUCUGAGGCUUCUCCGCAGAGCUUACCUCAUACUCCGACCACCCCAACUACCCCCAUCACUCCUGUCACCCAGGGACCUUCUGUCAUCACUCCCACCAGCAUGCACAACGUUGGACCUAUCAGGAGGCGGUACUCUGAUAAAUACAAUGUGCCCAUUUCUUCAGCAGAUAUUGCCCAGAACCAAGAGUUUUAUAAGAACGCAGAAGUGAGACCACCAUUCACGUAUGCAUCUUUAAUUCGGCAGGCCAUCCUCGAAUCUCCGGAAAAGCAACUAACACUAAAUGAAAUCUACAACUGGUUCACGCGAAUGUUUGCUUACUUCAGACGCAAUGCGGCGACAUGGAAGAAUGCAGUGCGUCAUAAUCUUAGUCUUCACAAGUGUUUUGUGCGAGUAGAAAAUGUUAAAGGGGCAGUAUGGACAGUGGAUGAAGCAGAGUUCCAAAAACGAAGGCCACAAAAGAUCAGUGGUAACCCUUCUCUUAUUAAAAACAUACAGACCAGCCACACCUACUGCUCACCUCUCAAUGCUGCUUUACAGGCUUCAAUGGCUGAGAAUAGUAUACCUCUAUACACUACUGCUUCCAUGGGAAAUCCUGCUCUGGGCAAUUUAGCCAUUGCUAUGAAGGAAGAGCUUAAUGGUGCAAUGGAGCAUACGAACAGUAAUGGGAGUGACAGUAGUCCAGGACGUUCCCCUAUGCAAGCUAUGCACCCCGUGCAUGUCAAAGAAGAACCAUUAGAUCCAGACGAAAAUGAAGGCCCGCUAUCCUUAGUGACAACAGCCAAUCACAGUCCAGAUUUUGAUCACGACAGAGAUUAUGAAGAUGAACCUGUAAAUGAGGACAUAGAGUGAAUAUGUCUGACAUCCUUGUCCUGAGAAUGAAGAUUGGAAGAACACGUCAAAUUUAGCUGUGAAAUCUCUCCAUUAUUGUACAGUCUGGAGGAUUCUCAGUCCAUUUUGACAACUAUGAAAUAUGUUAACUCUUAGUGCCAUCAAGUAUCCCAUUUGGGAGGAUUUUUGAUUUUUCUACUUUUUGUUGAAAAAAGGAAUUUGUACUCUGUGCAUUGGAUGGACUUGUUUGGUACUUGGGAUUUUCCUCUCUUACAGUCAACAUCAGUGUUGUCAAUUUGCUAAACUGAUUCACUUCCUCACAUUUAGCAGCAGACUUUGGACUGCAGUCCUGCCAAUUUUGGACACUGAGGACAUCAAACUGAGCAUGUACAUCUAAACUGCAGAUCAAGCCUUUGCCCAAAUUUUAAGGAUUCCAAUGGACAACAUAUUUGCACAGUACUGCAUGUUGAUUAUCACUGCCUUUUACUCCAUUUCUUUCUUUCUUUCCUUGUUGGGGUUUUUUGUUUUUUUUUUUGUUUGUUUUUUUUUUUU